AAAAAAAAAGCUGCCCACUCUGUCAUCUAUCAUCGACUCUCCAUCCUCUUUGAUUUUUUCCUGGUGGCAAGCUUGGAAACUUUGAAGAAUCAUUCAUUCUCAUACAUUAUAAUAUACAUAUAUGUCAGUUAGCAUUGAGUAUCAAAAUCCUCAAAGAUUUGACCUGCCAAGAGAUUACAUUUCCAACUUUUCUUCUUCCGACAUCGUCAACAUGGACUCACCAUGGAGAUCAGAAUUAUAUAAGCCAUCCUCAGCUUGUGAGAUUUCUCCGUAUCAAAUUCUAGAGGCAGAAGUUCGUCCUCAAAUAAAUCCGUGUACCUGUAGUCCUCAGGAGAGUAGUCCGAACUUUUCACUGAUUAUUUCCCUCUAUUUCUAGCCCUUGGAGUCCGAAAUUAAAGCAUUGACUCAAUUCACAAAGGACGUUGCUGAGACCGCAUACGACCCUGAAAACUGGCUUUACCGAGGAAACUGCCUCCGUCGAUUAGGGUAUCCGGAACUUGCUCUUGGCGAUGUUCAUAAAGCCCGGCUUCUAGUCGAAGCUGCCUUAAAGAACGAUUCUACCUUAGGUACUGAUGCGUACAAAGCAUAUAGCCAAAGGAUAUAUCAAUUGCACCAGACCGACCCAGCAUGGAUGCCGAGGAAAGCACAGGUUGCGACUCCAGAAUCUCUUCAUGCUUUAGUCACAAUCCUAUUGAAAAGACUUGAGCUUCAGAUCUGGUCGGAACUGAUGGAAGGCCUGAUGGCUUCCAACUGCUGUGCAGACUAUCUUGUGGCAAGUAGAGAGGCCGUUGCCAGAUUUCCCGAUGACAAGGUUUUCCCUUCCGAAGUAGCGAAUGCCGAGUCCUGGUUUGAGCAGCGACGAGAUAUCCUCCAGGGAUAUGUUGACGACGGAGAAAUGACAACAGAAGCGAUGACAAGUACUCUUUACAACGGAGGUGUCUACCCCACAGCAUAUCCAUGGAUGACUGAAGACCUUGUUACAAGGUCUGAUCGAUCAAUAGAAAAGGUAGCCGCUGAAUUUUCCUCUGCAUCUUCCAACUGCGUAGUCUCAAAGAGUACAAUUAGACUGGCUUCAUCGCCUGAAGAAUUGUCGGAGAUGGAUGUGCUUGGCGUCGUGGCAAUAAAAGAUAUUUUGGCUCAAGAACCAGUCCUUGUUGACCCUACGCUUGCUGCUGUAGUUGACAGUGCAGGUCGUUGCCCCGCUUGCUGUGGGCCGGUUUUGGAUGAGGUUGAAAAUCCUUGUUGCAGAACUUCUUAUUGCAGCUCUUUGUGCUCCCAACGUGCGAUGGAUAGUUAUCACACCGUCGUUUGUGGUAAGGAUCUCGAUUUUCUGUAUGAAACUAAACCAGUAUCCUCGUCAACCUCCACAGAAUCGUUUAUUGGAUCCAAAUUGCUCCUCCGAGUUCUCGCCCUUUCUGUUAGAGAAAAUACUGCGAAUCCUCUACAGUCUUCUCUCAUUUCACGUCUCACGCCCGCUUACAAUCCAAACAAUCCUCAACUCAUCGCCUUCAACUUUACAGAUCACAUCAUAACACCAAUCCGGAUCCUCGGCGAGCUUGGCCUCGAUGUCUUCACGAACAGCAUGUAUGACACAUGGGUACUGCACACUAUCCAUUGCCGGCUGCAAAACAAUAAACACGGACAGGGCUUUGAUGAUAUCCGUGGAACUGCCAUAAAUCCGCUAUACUCCAUGUUUAAUCAUAGUUGUGAUCCUAAUGUUGAUUGGAGACAUGACCAUGAAAAUAGUACAGUAACCAUGUUUGCCGAAAGGAAUAUCAGGAAAGGGGAGGAGAUGUUUAUUUCGUAUAUUGGCAAAGGCGAUAGUCUUAAGGACAGACAAAGAAAACUAAUGCCUUGGUUCGGCAUGGAGUGUGCAUGUCACAAGUGUGAUGAGGAGAAAAUAGAAGCACUGGCUGCAGUCAUGACUAUAUGAGCAAUCAAUAUCAAUUAGCCGACACAGUUAUUGUAUCAUUUCUAGCUCGGUCUUACUCAUCUAAUACUUCCCUGUUGUUUAGGGUCAUUUGGACACCGGCGUUUUCCGAAUGCUCAAUAGUCCGGGCUAACGGAUUAGAUAUAAGAUUUUAAGAUCUGGAAAGAACUUAAUAUUAUAACUGGUUUGAAUUUUCUAUAUGAUUAUGACAUAGUUGAGCCACGCUGACAUCAGAAAUAUACAUAUCACUAGGAAAUGACAGACAUUUGUCAUCGGCGGCUCAUUUUCAUGUAGAUUGUCUUUCUUCUUCGGUUGUAUCCCUUUGUUUCCUCCAAUAAUAUUGUGAAGUUUCU